AGCGCCAAAGCUGGUUACAAGGCGCUGGAUUGCGCAGUUAAAGGCCGAAGCGCGGCGACCGCUUCAUUGGCUUCUGGGUCUCUCUUGAGGGGCACCUCUAGGGAAGGCCCGUCCCGCGGGAGGAAGACGCCGGUUCUUUGCCUCCCCUGCAUGUUGGCUGUGCAGUGGGAAGGACGGAGCGGGGCGCCGCUAGCGGCUGCGGGAGCCGCGGCAGUUCGGCCGUGGGAGAGUUUCAUUCAAUGCGCGGACGAAGCCCUUGGGAGCGCACGGCUUGGGGAUCCGCGCAUCUGGCUCCUCGGCUCCUCUUUGCAACAGCGAUCCGCCUCCUUUUCCCUCUGCGGCGAUCUGGCUUCUUGCCCAGGCUUUGCAAUGUGAGAAUGGAGACACGGCAAAGGACAGCAGGGCAGAUCACUGCUUGUAGUUGAGCACAAAGAAACCACAGAGUUUUCCACAUCCUUCAGUGAGAAGAAAGAAACCAGCAGAGCAGGAUUAAUGCAGGCUUCUUUCUGGUGGCCUUUUUGUACAAAGGCUGCCUUGGAGGGGAAUAAAGAAAGGAAGAAACAUCGUGGUAUUUAAUAAGCUGUGAAAUGAAGCACCAUUUCUGUGACUGCUGCUGCCACCACCACUGCCACUGCUCCUAACCCUCACAUUCCAAGAUUCAUCUGCUCUUCAUUGCUUAAUAUACAUGUUUCGGUACCGUGCAUUUAGAAGAUUCCAGAAAGUUCAAAACGGCUGCUGGGGAAAAGCCACCAAACAUGCCUACAGAAACACUACAGACAGGUAGCAUGGUCAAACCCGUCAGCCCUGCAAUCACGUUCACUUCUGCUGUCCCUCUUCGCAUUUUAAACAAAGGACCUGACUAUUUCCGUAGGCAAGCAGAGCCUAAUCCAAAAAGACUGAGUGCGGUAGAGAGGCUGGAAGCUGACAAGGCAAAAUAUGUCAAGAGCCAAGAGGUCAUCAAUGCCAAACAAGAGCCUGUAAAGCCUGCCGUGCUUGCCAAGCCACCGGUAUGUCCUGCGGCUAAGCGAGCCUUGGGCAGCCCUACCUUGAAAGUGUUCAACAAUAAUGUAAAGACUGAGAGUGGGGUCCAGAGGGAGAAUCUAAAAUUAGAGAUUUUGAAAAACAUCAUUAACAGCUCAGAGGGCUCCAGUUCAGGUUCAGGCCACAAACAUAGUUCACGAAAUUGGCUUCCCCACAGAUCUGAUUCAGGAGACCUAAACCGGCACUCAUUUGCAGAGUCCUUAAAGGUAUUUCCAACUCAAGGCCGUAGCAGUCCUCAAGAAAGCCACUCCAGUGUGAGCAGAAGACUAUUGGAACAGUCGCCAGAGUCAUUCUUGCACGUUUCCCAUAGCUCAUCAGACAUUAGAAAAGUAUCUAGUGGUAAAUCCUUAAAAGCAAUACCAUGCAGUAGUUCAGCUCCACCUUUGCCUCCCAAACCCAAAAUUGCUGCCAUCACUUCUUUGAAAUCACCAGAGAUGGACGUGGUAGAGCCAAGUUGUGGAGUCAACAGAAGACCUUCAUUACAGCGCUCAAAGUCAGACUUAAGUGACAGAUACUUUCGUGUUGAUGCAGAUGUUGAAAGAUUCUUUAACUACUGUGGACUGGAUCCUGAAGAGCUUGAAAAUCUUGGGAUGGAAAAUUUUGCAAGGGCUAACUCUGAUAUUAUCUCUCUCAAUUUUCGUAGUGCAAGUAUGAUCAGUUCGGACUGUGAACAGUCUCAGGACAGCAACAGUGACCUUAGAAACGAUGACAGUGCCAAUGACCGUGUGCCAUAUGGCAUUUCUGCAAUUGAAAGAAAUGCCAGAAUCAUCAAGUGGUUAUACAGCAUUAAGCAAGCUAGAGAGUCACAGAAAGUGUCCCAUGUAUAAGCGAAUGCACAGGGGAGUAAGCGAGGACUGUAUCUUUGUGAAUAGUCAGUUGUGAAGGGUUGUGAAGUCUACUUGAAGUCUUAAUACACUUCUCAGAUCUUUUUUUGUGUUGCUUGUUGUGCAAUGUUUUCAAGUUGCAUGCCUGUCAACGUGUGAACUGACCUGGCUUCCACUUGAACAAUAAUUAGCUACAGAGCCUGGCUGAGCUUACACACAUUAUCUGCCAAAAGUUUAAGACCAGAAUCAAUAUAGGGCUUUGUUUAUAAACAAAUAUGUUUACAUUAAAUGGCUGUAUGGCUUCUUUUCAAUAUAUCUGUAGUUCCUUGUGGGUUUUUUUUUUAAAAAAUAUCUCACGACGUUUGUGUCUUAAUCACAGGUAUAGUUAAAGAACAGGUAUUUUUUCAGCUUAAAUUGAAAUCAAUUUGGAGGCAGAAAAAGAGGAACAUUGCCAAAAUAAGGAAGAUGAGCUUGGUCCAGUGUCCUGUUAGUACAGCUCUCAGAAAGGAAUUGAAAUUUCCCAUCUUUCCUGCUUCAGUCCACUGAGCUCCCUGUAAGGCUACUUGUGAGGUACAGGGAACCCUCAGGAACAGUGAGAAGAGCAGAGUGGGAAGGGAAAUCAGCGAAUAUUGUCCUCCUGGGCUGCUGGUGGAACUGCCUUACACCAGCAGAAAAUGGCCUUUGGCACAAACCACUUGUCUAAAACCUUACCUAGAAUCAAUGGAAAGUGAUUAAAAAUAUCUGUACAUAAUGUCUAACCUAAGAUGCAAUCUUUUGAAACAAGAUGUUAACUUUAUUUUUAAGGGUUCAAUUAGAACCUUUUUAAUAAUCCUUUUUAGAUUAAGGUUUUCUGUGGGGGGGGGGGGGAAGCCUUUUGCUCCCGCACACUAAGUUUUCCUCUAAAAAGGACUCAAAAGUGUAUUAGUUUUGCAGUUGGUUGGUGAAGAAAGGUCUUAUGGUUCAACCAAUCAAGAGAUUGUUAGAAAGAGGUCCAAAAAGUAACCAAUCAAAAGACGGGCUUUUUUUUUUAAAGGAAGGUUCCUUGUCUUAAACUUUUGACAGGAAUGAUUAGAUUCUGUUUGCUGAUCUUGAAUGCCUUUAAACUAGACAAAGCACAUCAUGAUUACAAGCUCCUACUGCUGCCUACAUUUUUGUAGACCUGUUUGAGCAGUUCAUGAACUGAAAAUGGAAGUACACAGCCAUAUCAGUAUAAGAGCCUCUUACCCGGAUGUGAAACACACUCAAUAUAGCUGAACUAUAUCUGAGAAAUUGUGAUAAUGUUGUCUUAAAUAUGUUAUAUCUUAAGGCUGUGGAGGUUUGUUACAGCUCUAGGAAACUGUAGAAACAAGACAGUAUGUAGCUCUUUUUUCCAUCCUCUUCUCUUCUUGCCCCACCCCCACCCCCCCGGUGUUUAGUGCUGCACGUCAAUCUGUUACACAUUUUUUUGACAAUCUUGUGUCUUCCCAAUGGUUUAACUGUCAUGUCAAAGUGACAGUUGUGGUGCGUAGUGGAGAAAUUGAAAGUGCAGUGGUUUGCUUCUUUAUUAUAUUCAUGCUUUGAAGUACUUUGCAGCACUAUCUAAUACUUCAUCAGCUAAUAGGAAACUUUUUAUUGUGUAAAUGCUGUAAGACUUUGUACAUAUUUAAGUUCUUAUGAGAUCUUUAAAAAAAGAGAGAGCAUUAUGCUAAUAAAUAGCUCUUGGUGCA